GGGGUGGGGGAAGUGGUUGCCAAGCAACAUUGAGAAGUCAGGAUGACCAUCCCCCUGCGCCGAAGGAGGCUUUGCAGGCAGGCGUCCCCUCAGGCCGUGCUGCUCCUGCUGUUCGCCUUCUGUGUGCUCAGCGUUUUUGUCUCUGCCUAUUACCUGUAUGGCUGGAAGAGGAACCUGGAGCCCUCAGGUGAGGUCACUGGGCCUGACUGUAAUGAGGAGCCCCAGAUCACUCCAUCGCGCCUGCUCCCCCUCAAGACCCUGAAGGUGUCCUCCUCAUCGCGAACCGAUCCCCUUGUGCUGGUGUUUGUGGAGAGCCUGUACUCCCAGCUGGGCCAGGAGAUCGUGGCCAUCCUGGAGUCCAGCCGAUUCAAGUACCGGACAGAGAUCGCCCCCGGAAAGGGGGACAUGCCCACGCUCACGGACAAAGACAGGGGCCGCUUUGCACUCAUCAUCUAUGAGAACAUCCUCAAGUACGUCAACUUGGACGCCUGGAACCGGGAGCUGCUGGAUAAGUACUGCGUGGAGUACGGUGUCGGGAUCAUUGGCUUCUUCAAGGCCAAUGAGAACAGUCUGCUGAGUGCUCAGCUCAAAGGUUUCCCCCUCUUCCUCCAUUCGAACCUGGGCCUGAAGGAUUGCAGCAUCAACCCCAAGUCCCCGCUGCUGUACGUGACCCGGCCCAGCGAGGUGGAGAAAGGCCUCCUGCCUGGGGACGACUGGACCGUCUUCCAGUCCAACCACUCCACCUACGAGCCGGUGCUGCUGGCCAAGACCAAGUCGGCCGAGUCCAUCCCCCACCUGAGCGUGGGGGCCGCCUUGCACACUACGGUGGUGCAGGACCUGGGGCUGCACGACGGCAUCCAGCGGGUGCUCUUCGGCAACAACCUCAAUUUCUGGCUGCACAAGCUGGUCUUUGUGGACGCCGUCGCUUUCCUCACUGGCAAGCGACUUUCCUUGCCCCUGGACCGCUACAUCCUGGUGGACAUCGAUGACAUCUUUGUGGGCAAGGAGGGCACCAGGAUGAAGGUGGAGGACGUGAAGGCCCUGUUUGACACUCAGAAUAAACUGCGCGCACACAUCCCAAACUUCACCUUCAACCUGGGGUACUCAGGGAAAUUCUUCCACACAGGUACAGAUGCUGAGGAUGAUGGCGACGACCUGCUCUUGUCCUAUGUGAAGGAGUUCUGGUGGUUCCCCCACAUGUGGAGUCAUAUGCAGCCCCACCUCUUCCACAACCAGUCUGUGCUGGCUGAGCAGAUGGCCCUCAAUAAGAAGUUCGCUGUCGAGCACGGGAUCCCCACCGACAUGGGUUACGCCGUGGCCCCCCAUCACUCUGGUGUGUACCCGGUCCACAUGCAGCUGUAUGAGGCCUGGAAGCAGGUGUGGGACAUCCAGGUGACCAGCACCGAGGAGUAUCCCCACCUGAAGCCUGCCCGUUACCGCCGGGGCUUCAUCCACAACGGGAUCAUGGUCCUUCCCCGGCAGACCUGUGGUCUCUUCACCCACACCAUAUUCUACAAUGAGUAUCCCGGAGGCUCCAGCGAACUGGACAAAAUCAUCAACGGGGGAGAGCUCUUCCUCACUGUGCUGCUCAAUCCCAUCAGCAUCUUCAUGACCCACCUGUCCAACUACGGCAAUGAUCGCCUGGGACUGUACACCUUCAAACACUUGGUGCGCUUCCUUCACUCUUGGACCAACCUGAAGCUGCAGACGCUGCCACCAGUCCAGCUGGCUCAACGAUACUUUCAGAUCUUUUCUGAGGAGAAGGACCCUCUGUGGCAGGAUCCUUGUGAAGACAAGCGGCACAAAGACAUCUGGUCAAAGGAAAAAACGUGUGACCGGUUCCCCAAACUCUUAAUCAUUGGACCCCAAAAAACAGGCACUACAGCCCUGUAUCUGUUCCUGGGAAUGCACCCGGACCUGAGCAGUAACUACCCAAGCCCAGAGACCUUUGAGGAGAUUCAGUUUUUCAAUGGCCAAAACUACCACAAAGGCAUAGACUGGUACAUGGAGUUCUUCCCCAUCCCCUCCAACACCACCUCGGACUUCUACUUUGAGAAAAGCGCCAACUACUUCGACUCCGAGGUGGCUCCCCAGCGGGCCGCGGCCUUGCUGCCCAAGGCCAAAGUCCUCACCAUUCUCAUAGACCCCGCGGACCGAGCCUACUCUUGGUACCAGCAUCAGCGAGCCCACGAUGACCCCGUUGCCCUGAAGUACACCUUCCAUGAAGUGAUCACGGCCGGGUCGAACGCCUCCCCAAAGCUGCGGGCACUUCAGAACCGCUGCCUUGUUCCUGGCUGGUACGCCACCCACAUCGAGCAUUGGCUUAGCGCUUACCACGCCAACCAGGGACUGGACUCCUGGCUGAAAAAUGUUUCUUAUCCUGAACAAGCAAAGAUCCUGGUGUUGGAUGGCAAACUGCUCCGGACCGAACCGGCCAAAGUGAUGGACACUGUGCAGAAGUUCCUUGGGGUGACCAACAUUAUUGAUUACCAUAAAACUCUGGUGUAUGAUGCAAAGAAAGGAUUCUGGUGUCAACUGCUUGAAGGAGGGAAAACCAAGUGCUUGGGCAAAAGCAAAGGCAGGAAGUACCCAGAAAUGGAUUUGGAUUCACGAGCCUUCUUAAGAGACUAUUACCGGGACCAUAACAUCGAACUUUCUAAGCUGCUUUAUAAGAUGGGCCAGACCUUGCCCACUUGGCUGCGGGAGGACCUCCAGAACACUAGGUAGCUGCUGCCAUCCUCAUGACCAGAGUGAGCAUUCAUGAUGGCCAGGGAGCCCCCAGCCUCACACUGAGCCACCCGGGGUGUGGAACAUGGCCCAGAACUGCCAAGCACUUCUGAGCAGAACCCCACCAAGGCCUGACCUGGGAGCGGGAAGAAGAAGCGCCCGGUGCAGCCGAAGAGAGCUCCAGAGCCUCCCACAGCCCGGGCCUCCAGCCAGGCAGGAGGCCCCCAGCACUUCCUGAGACCUGCUCGAAGCUUCCCUAGGUGUAAGGUCGCUUCCACUUAGAGCGAAGCCCCUGCCUCGUGAGAGGGGUUCUGUACUACUCCUGACUGUGCCCGGCACUUCCCUUCCCCCAGGCAGGGCACUCCCUCAGUAUUAAUCGCUGGACAGUGAGGGGGGUAGAGUGGGCAGGAGGGGCCUUUUGCUAGAGAGGCGGGGGGUCCAGGAUACGCCCUGUCCAUUUCGGAAAAGGCCCUUCAGAGACGCGGGUCUGGUACUCGGAGCUGGUUACCAGGCUGGACUUCAGUCUGAUGGCCUCCAGGGAGUCCUGGAGCCCAUCUGAUCAAUACCUUCCCUUCUCUGUCCUUAACAUGUCUUCGGUACCUGCAGUAUCUAUUCAGUCCCCGGGGGAUCUUUCCGGGGGAUGUUUUUAACCCCCCAUCCUAACAUCCUGACUCCCAGGACCAGGUCCUGGGGCUGUCCCACAAUGCUUACCCUAACCUCUCCUCCCACCUCCUUUCCCCUCAUCAGCUAUGACUUACGUGGUGUUUUCUGUGGUAAAAGACUGAGGUGACCGCGGGUCCAGCUCCCAGAACCCAUUCCAGUGUACAUAAAAUGCUCCCUCCAGCCCCAAGCAAAGGCUAUGGGCAGCGAAGGUGGUGCCUACGGCCGGUACCUCUGCCUCUGUCCCUGCUCUGAGCAGGCCGAGGCUUCCCGGAGAACCUUUUAAAACCUCUCAAAUACUAAAAGCUGAAGUAUUUUAAUAUUUUGGUUUUUUGUUUCUUGGUGCCAGAGUUUGUGCCCUGAUUCCUGGGGCUCCACUGUGUUAUUUUAUAUAAACUGUCUCUGUCUGUAUCUCUCUCUGUCUCUCCCUCCUUCCCGCCUGUCUCCCUCCCUCCCUCUUUUCUGUCUGUUUCUCUCCCCCUUUCUUUUGUUGGUUUGUUGGGGUCCGGCCGCUGCUGCCAUCGGGAUGGUGGCGGGGCGCCUGGUCGCCGGGUCAGAGAGGUAGCCCCUGUCACUGACGGCUAAGGGAGGGUCUCGCUUCCUCUGUCUCACCUGAGGCUGCCUGAUUUUUAUCUCCUGCAGGCAGCAGAUAAAAUCAGGGAGGCACAGAUCCCCCGAGCUGGUGUCUGUCACACAGGCCAUGAUCCUGCCGUGGCACAGCUAUAUAUGUGUUAGGAAGAGAAGCCGGGCUUCGGCACUGGGAUUGUGGGUUUUCAGGGAUCUGGCGUUCCUGAUUGGGGAGGUCCAGUGUGCCUGGUAAGUUGCCUGAGAUCCUGGCCACAGAAAAACAAAACAUAGAAGGGUUUGAGUGAGGAAGAUUACCACGAGACCUGGAAACCCCCAUGUUCUUGUCAGCCGUUAGUUCUUCCCUAUGCUUUUGGGUAUGUCUGUGUUAGUCAUACAGCCCUGGCAGGAACGCCGAUGUAUUGAUCAUCUAGACGAUUGGAAAAGGAGACACACAAGGGACCAAUGUGAAUGUAUAGGUGGAUGGGGAAGGGGAAGGUGCCACUGAAUAAGCCUGUCUAACAGCAUCUGAUGGCAGCAGCAGGAUCUCGGCAUUGGGGAUGGUAGCUUAUCGGGCCUAUGUCUCUAGUUCAGCAUCCCUUAUCCUCCGGCCUGUGUGGAAAUGGCAAAGGCAAGGCAGAGACCUGAGGUUCCCAGCAUGGACACCAUACUCCUAUGGUGGGGGGGGGGGGGGGUGCCCUGCCACUUGGCUUAUUGGUACAAUUGGCGCUAUCCCCGCCUCUGUGGAAGACCAGGCCAAAGUACCUUUCCUGGAUCAGACUCCUAGGUGAGUCUGAGAGCCCUCCUAUAACAACGGGAGGUCAGAUUCAUGAGUCACCUAGAAGGGUGCAAAUGACAAUAGGAAGCCUGAGUGUAGGAUCAAGUUCAUCAGUGACUUCUGCCCUGAGAAGGGUAGUCUGAGAAGUCUUGUGUCUGGGGGAUUUAGGGUAGGAUAUGAAGAAAGAAAACCAAUGAGUCAUAACUUAAAUCCAGGUCUCUAUCCUGGAUGGAGAGAAGCCAGGAAGCAAAAAACAAUGCACACAUACUUCCUCUGGGAAACAUACAGAGUGAGUAGACAGAAUGAUUAAAGUGGUCCUUAGUACAAUCCAGUUCUUCAGAGAGAGAGACAGCAAUAAAAAUGAGUUGAAGGGAAAAAAAAAAAACUUAAAAAUAUGAAUUACUUGAGGCAAAAUUCUUUUUACAAAACUUCUGGGGAAACUGGAAAAUUUUGGCAAAAAUAGAGACUGGCAGCCAGCAUCACAUACCACAAUAAGUUCUAAGUGGAUGAGUGAUCUAAAAAAAAAUGACAUUAAAAAAAAGAGAGAGAAAUGGCAGUAUACUAGCCCAAGCAUACUCUUAAGGCAUUUCCAUAGAGUUCCAGAGGGCCAAUAUAAGGUAGGAUAGUGCUGUCUAGUUUUCUGUUAAAGAGUAUGACGUAUUACCUCCCCAGGUAAGAGAGGUAGGGCCAGGAAAGGUGAGAGUGCUAACACUGGGCAAGGGAGGGGCAGAAUUGCCUCAGCCAGGUAUCUUGUUCAGUUAGUUAUGGGGGCUGGAAAACCGCACUUGAUAUAAGUAAUUCUAACAAGGUUGUUAUGCUCUCACUUUGAGCCUGUCCAUGCACAGUAGCUGUAAGUAAACUCAGAACUGGUGUUUAUUAUGAUUUGGCUCUGGGCUGACUGGAAAAGAAUGAGGGAAAUGAGACGAAGGGAGAGUUUUUCAUGAAAGAGCAAUGCAACUUCUGGGGCCUAGGUGUUUCCUUAGUGGUUUUUCCUGGUGUUCCCCUAUGUUGUUUGGACCACUGUAGGACCCUGUCUGUGGGUGACUGCAGCUGACCCUUCUCUGCACUUGUGGGACCCUGACACAGAAUAGCUUCUGUACCUGGAUCCCAGUCAUUCUGAUCAGUGGAGGAGACACGAUGGAAUAGGAGUAUAUUGGAUGUUUGGGAAAACACUAAUGAAGGGCUCCUGGUGAGCCUUCCCUUUGCCCUUCCCCUCAAAGUACAAUAUUAGAUGCCAGGAAACACAAGCCCCAAGUCAAUCUGGAAGUGGAUCAUCUGCAGAGUAACGUUUUCUCCUUUCUGGAAACCUGACCAUGUGACAGGUCCAUGCAUCUCAGUUGUUAGCCAAAGAAAAAAGGAUACGGUGAUUAGGGGAAGGUAGAACUGGGUUGCAAGGACUGAUCCUGGCUUGAAGAUCUGUGGAGCCAGAGUUGAGAGCCAACCCCAUUCUAAAGUCCAAGAUAGAAUGGGAUUCUCACCCAAUACCAAAUUGUUUGAAUGAUUACAGCUUUGUAGUGUAGUUUGAGAUCUGGUACUAUUAGGCCCCCUUCUUUCCCACUUUUUUGAAAUAUUUUGAUAUUUUUUUAGUUGAUUCCCUUGAUAUUCUUGACCUUUUUUUCUAAUGGGAUUCUCUAAAAAAGACCUACUCACCCCAUCUUUUCCUUAACUUGGUGCUAGAGUGGGAUUUAUCGAGGAUCCACAAUUGCUGACUUAGUGGGCAGAAUGCUAUAAAAACUGAUGGGUGAUAGAGAAAUCUUGGGUCCCUGAGUCUAGUAAAGAUAAUUACCUGUCUUGCCAAUAACAGGCAUAUUGAUAUCUUUUCUAGCUGGAAUUCUUUGGCGGGUCAUUGGGACACAGGAAGAGAGCUGACUGCCUUCUUGUCUGGUUGCCCUGGGUUAUCGGGGGCAAGUUUAUAGAUUCAACCGAUUGUCCUGUCCCAGUGCUGUAUAUUGCUCUGAGUCAGGAAGCAAGCCCAUGUGGUGGUCUCUUGCAGGCUCACUUUGGAUAGCAGCAUCUCUAAGCUAUUUACUGAUUCAGGAGUCAGGUAUCGCCCACUGAUCCUAACCCCUCAUAAAACUGUGAAGUGACUCAGAUGUAGUGUUCCCAUUACCCCCCACCCGGCCUCUACCACGGCUAGGUUCAUUCCUUCUCAUUGUGGCAAAAGCUGUAAGAGAGCUCCGUCUGGACGUCAUCAUCUGCCCUCCACAUUAACUCUUUCGGUUCCCUCUCCUCCCCCUUCAUAUUUACAAAGCCAGGCCGAGAGAAGUCACUCCUUUCUGGCCAGACUCCCUGUAUAUCAGCUUUUGCCACCCCAGACUUUGGAUUCUGUCUUGCGCCUCUCCUCUGAAGGGCUUCCCCAUCUUGGGUUUCUGAGCCUCCUGCCACAGUUGUAAUAUUUUCUGGUUUUGUUAAACUCCCAAUGAUGUCUGAAUAGAGAUGAGAUGGAAAGUACACUUCUAGCUUCUCAAGAAGAUAUUCUUUAAUUGUAGAGAGCUACUGGAAGUGGGGCGGGGAACUCAAGUGUUUGGACAAAAGUAAAGGAAGAAAGUACCCAGAAAUAGAACUGGCUGGGAAUAGUUGGAGCUACUUCUUUUAGAUACCAUGCUAGUGGGAUUUACCCGAACCCAGCUGCUCUGUGUUUUGAGAUGGCAGCAGAGUCCCCACAAUUGUAAUUUCCUUUUGAGUCUAGAUGCACCAGGCAGUGUGGACCUGGGAGGGGAGGAGAAUUUGUUGGAGCUGCUAUUAUAGCUCUGGAAGUUGAAGGCAAUUCCAUCCCAUUUGGGUGGGAGGCUAAAUGAUAUAAGACCUGUUACUCUGGCUUAGUUGGGACAGGCUGGAGCCAGGUCAAAAUGUGCAGUAGUUAAACGAAGCCCUGUUGGGAUAGGGAGAUAGGAGUUUAAAAACUCGGGCAGUCCUAGGGAAGACAGGUUGGCAAGGAUCCUGUCUGUUAUUGCUGCUGCUUCCUUUUAACAGAGCUGGAGAAUUCCAUCCUUUUGGGAGCUGCCAUGCUAGGUCUGGAAACCUGAACCUAAUGGAGUGAUGUCAUUGUGAUUAGAGUCUUAACAGUUCCUCUGCUGAUGGAAAAGGCCUAAGGGAUAAAGCAUCAUUCUCAUAGAAAUCCUUGAGAAAGAGAUCUCCAAUGUUCUUUUCAUAGAUUUCCUGAUACUUCUUCCCUUCCUCAGUCCCCAUACCCAAGUAAGGCAUCCUAAGGAAAGGACUCAGCCUGUCAAGGAGAUAUCAACUGUUAGUGACUGGUAUCAUUAACUGGACUUGAGAAGACUGACCCAGUGACAACUAAUAAUCAAUUGAGAUACUUCAUUGCAGAAGUCCAACAUGGAAAAGAUCUCAAUAGGUUAGAAUAAUGAGAAAUUAUAGUAGAAUUAAAUGUAAAACCUUGAUUAAAAAAAGUCAAACUGCACAAUUGUAGAAUUGGAGUUGGGGGGGGUGGGGGUGGAAAGAUAUUUUGAUGUGGGGGAAAAAGUGAUGCAGAGAUGAGAACCAUCCCUACCAUGAGAGCUUUAAAUUCAUCUUGAAGAAGCCUCCAAACCUGUCAAGGGAGUAUAGUUUUUAUCCCUCUGCCUUUGUGUAAGUGGAAGCUGACAGCUUGGAAGGAGGCUCCUUCUUCAUCAAUAAUUUUCUUUCUGCAUUAGGAGUUAGGUUGGCAGAGUCCAAGAGGCAAUAUUAAUCAGCUCUUCCCAAAUUGCCAGAAAUCUGGACUCCAAGCUUUGGCUGCUUUUCUAAGAUUGAGGGUCUUGUUGCCACCACAUGGGUUAGCCAAUAUCUAUCUGGGCUGCUGCUGGUACCAGUCCCCUCAGUAGGCAGGCAUUUGUGAAGCAUCUGCUCUGCACAUAAUCAUGUUCUUGGUGUAGCUUGGGAAAAAAGCAUAAAACCUCAUCCUCUCAUAACAAAGUCAUAGCCUAGUAGAGGAAACAAAUUAAAAAACCAAAACAACCACUUAAAAAAUGAGUUUCUGCUUAAAGUGUCAUAUUAAUGAUCAACAUAGUAAAAUCUAAACUGAGGAGGGGAAAGUGAUCCAGGCCAAAGGCAGUUUAGAAAAACUUCACAGAGAUGGAAUUUGGGAUCUUAGGGCACUCAUGAUGGGUAAAAUUUCAGGUGGAGAAGAAGGGGAAGGCGUGGAAGUGGGACUGUGAGGGAGAAGGAAAGAAAUCCUCACUGAAUCUUUUUGCCUUUGGUCCAAGGAACUAGGCAUACUUCUCAGAAAAGGGGAUUUCCUGUUGAGCUUGAAUUCUACCCACUUGUGUUGCCUUGCACUCAGGGAGAGCCUGGGAAAUAUUUGCUUUGUCCUUUCACCUUUGGGUUCAUACUGGCUGGAAUAAGGUCUGGUCUGCUCACAUGCCUAAGGAAUGAGGAGUCUGACCCAUGAUUUCUGUAUGUCCUGUCCCUCUGGGCCUUGGGUAAGAAAAAUUGGCAGUGGAAACUCUAAACAAAUGACUCUAAAGAGUCUGGGUGAAAUGAGCUAUGUUUUUUCACUUGAAAGUUUCCCCUACUCCACCUGCCUUCUCUCUCUGGCUCUGAUUCAUUGACAUAUAUAUAUCCUACAAGAGUCGGGGUGGGAAGGGAAGAGGGUGCGUGGAGAGUGGGGGAACCAAAAAGGUUAUACGGAAAGUGCAAACAAAGCAAAGAAAGGUUUAUAUAGCUCUUUGUUUUUAUUAUCUUCAAGACCCCCUCUCCCCUUUUGCCAAUCUUUGAAUAGACUCCAUGUCUCUUCCUGGGGAGAGGAAACCCAUAGUUGGGAUGUGGGGGGAAGGGAGGAGCAGUGUUAAGGGAAAGAGAAGGAUCUCUUCCCAUCUUAGGAGGGAUGGGGUGGGGGGCAAGGUAAAGCUCAACCCAUCUCUCUUGUUCCUAGUGCUCUUAUACCAGCCUUUUGGUUUCAUUGGAAAAGAAAACCUUCAUCACUAAUGUACAAUCUUGAACUAACUGCUAAUAAAAUGGGAUUGUUUGUAUUCA